GAACUAGAGAAUCUAAAGCGCAUACAAAAGCAGGCUUCUACCAGUCAGAGUGCUACAGAAGUUCGCUUAAAUAGGGCUCUUGAGGAAGCAGAAAGGUAUAAAAUGGAGCUGAAUAAACUGAAGCAAAGCAAUAAGGACACAGCCAACCAAGAGCACAAAAAAUUUGAAGAACUGAAGAUAGCAAACAGGAGACUGGAGAAACAAAAAGGAGAACUAAUGACAGGUUUCAAGAAACAGUUAAAGUUAAUUGAUAUUCUGAAGAGACAAAAAAUGCAUAUUGAAGCAGCUAAAAUGCUUUCUUUUACUGAAGAAGAGUUCAUGAAAGCUCUUGAGUGGGGAAUUUCCUGAUGCAGUGUUCAAUACCUCAUUUGAAAAUGACUUCUGAUUGUAUGCUGUUUUGAAAGUAUUAAUACUUACCACAAAUGUUCAAGUAGAUAGUUUUAGAUUAAGCCUGGUAAAAUUGAUUAAUUUUUAAAAGUUAUACAAUAAACAUUUUAACGUUUGAUUGUAAAUAGUUUUGUGUUGCAACAUAUCUUGAAAUGAUGUUGUUCAUCAAACAAUUUAGCUAAGUGGCUAAAUGGUCUAUAUCCUCACUGACUGUAAUGGGUUAGGCAAGCCAUACAGAGAGAACACACUAUAUACACAUCUGGUUUUGUUACCAAUUGUCUGUUUUCAUACUGAUUGUUUGAAACUGCAGUUGAGAUAAGAUGAAAAACACUGCUGUCCAAAUAAAAGGUAAUGUUUAUAUAUCUCAGAAAAGUAAGGUGAUACUUCAAAAACCUCAUUAAUGGGGAGGAAAAUUUUACAACUUAGACAUAAAAACAUAAAUUUUAUUGUAAAAAUAAAGGUUUGGGAACUACGUAGGGACCAUAUUUGUUGUCAAUCCCGCUUUAGUAGAUCUUCACAGUCUUAGCUGGGUUGAAGCAUUAAAUAUAUUAGUGGGUGCUGGUUGUCUUGAUUUACAGAAAAGUUGGUAACUUGCCAUAGCAAUUAAAUCUUGAUGUCUGAUAACGCAUACAAAAAUUAGUUCGCUAACAUGGAAGUAUUGCUUAAAAUUGCUUCUGAUGAGUAGAGGCAAGAUCAGAUGCCAUACUUUUAUUUUUAAAAGUGAUAAAUAUUGGCAGCAAUGGAAAAUGAAAAAUUCUCAAUUUUCAGCAAUAUUUAAUAAGUUAAAAUGUGUCUACUGAACUGUUGGAAGUUGAAUAUUUUCUUAACCUCAUCCAUUUCUCCUAUUUUCCUAAGUCCUCCUACCUUCAUAUACUGUUCUCAGUCCCAGUUGGUUCCUAUAGCCUUAUCUUUUUCCAUAUUAAAUGCACAUGGCUGUGUAAACAUUUGAUGAAAGUAAUGGUCAUUCUUAGCAUCAUUCAUUUAGUGUUCUGUACAUUACAGUCAAAUCUAAAGGGUGCAAUGAGGAGAGCAGACCCCACUGUGCUAGGUGGUAUACAGAGACAUGCUCAUUUUAUAAUCUUAGUACAAUAAUCAAGAAUAAAUGGACAAAACUGACUAUAGGUGAAUCAGCUAUUCUGUGUAUGUUCAGAGUAAUGACAGGCAUGCAGUAAGUUUGUGCUGUUUCUGUCACCCAUUAUUAAAUCUAAGUGGUUUCUCCUGCAGCAAAGGAAGCUGUCAGGGGGAAACAGGAAGUGAAACUGUCUGAGAAUACAGGUUCUUGAGGAAACAAUGGGGGAGUAUUAACUGGGGAAUAUUCCAUGUGACUCCAGCGAGGCUGCCAUGGUUACUUUUUCCAAACCAAUACCUAAGAUAUCAAAGAGGAUAUUAAAACUGAAAAUGCUGGCCUACGAGAGAAUGGGGGUGGGAAUUGUCUGCAGCUGUCUAUAGGGAAGAUGCUGACAGACUCCCUGAGAAGACAAACUAGUGCAAGCAGCCUGUCUCUCCCAGCCCAGCAAUAGAGAACAUUGUUCUGAAGUUUCCAAGAAAAGAUAUGGUAUAGUUAAAACCAAUCCAUAUAAGCUUUUAUUUUAACCCUUUGUUGUGUGUUGUUGUUUACCUUUGGGUGACUAAGCAAGGCUUUGUUUUGAAGAAGCUGUUUUUGAUUCACUCUAAUCAGCUGCAAUAAGAAGGGUUUUUACAGGUUCCAAAGUGAAUUAAGCUAAAUUAAAUUAAGGCCAUUUUAAUUCUGAAUGGGUGUCGACCAAGGGAUAACUAAUCACUUCAAAGUCAUACCUUUAGUUAAUUCAGAUUAAUUUUCCUCUGUGGACAAAGCCCAACUGCAGAUAAGACUGCAUAGUACCACGCAGAGAGGAGUGAAAGUAGUAAAACCUGUCCCCAGGUGCAUUCUUGGAAAUAAAAGUUGUCCUUGUCCUA